CCUCGCCUUCCCCUGUCCCCGCAGACCGAGGGCGUGCGGGUAUCGGUGAACGUCCUCUCCGACCACAAGGACCUGCCCGUGCUCUUCGUGGUGAGGCAGAAGGAGGCGGUGGUCUCCUUCCAGGUGCCGCUCAUCCUCCGGGGCCUGUACCAGCGGAAAUACGCGUACCAGGAGGUGAGCCGCACGCUCUGCCAGCCACAGACCAAGACCGAGGUGGAGACCCAGCACUUCUACGUGGAUGUCUCCACACUCUCCCUCAAUGCCUCCUACCAGCUGCGGGUCACCCGCGUGGAGAACUUCGUGCUGCGGACAAAUAAAAGGUUCAGCUUCAACGCCACGGCCUCCCAGCCGCAGUACUUCAAGUAUGAGUUCCCUGAAGGAGUGGACUCGGUGAUUGUGAAGGUGACCUCGGCCAUGGCCUUCCCCUGCUCUGUCAUCUCCAUCCAGGACAUCCUGUGCCCUGUCUACGACCUGGACAACAACGUGGCCUUCAUUGGGAUGUACCAGACCAUGACGAAGAAGGCGGCCAUCACGGUGCAGAAGAAGGAUUUCCCCAGCCACAGCUUCUACGUGGUGGUGGUGGUGAAGACGGAGGACGAGGCGUGUGGGGGGCCUCUGCCCUACUACCCCCUCUCCAAAAACGCCUCUCCAGACGAACCUGUGGAUCAGCACAACCGGCAGAAGAUGCUGGAGGUGAUGGUGUCACCUGCCAUAACCUCGGAGGCCUAUGUGAGCAGUGUGCUCUUCUGCCUCAGCAUCUUCCUCUCCUUCUACGUCCUCACGCUGCUCAUCGCCUGCUGGGAGAGCUGCCGGCAGCACAAGAGGAAGGGGCUCCUGUCAGCCAUGGACUCGCCCAGCCUGGACACAGCAUCGCUCCUGGGUCACUCCCGCAGCAUCCCCGACUCCUUCCUGGGCCGUGGUUAUGACAGCUACGGUUACGGCUCCUUCGGGAACGGCUCCUCCAGCAGCACCGAGGGUGUCACAGACAGCCUGGCCUCCACAGAAGUCUCCUACAGUUACGUGGGGCAGGAGCAGUUCAAGCGGCGCACACCCUCCGCCCUGACGAGGCCGCUGAGCAUUCCCAUGGGGGAGCGGUCCCUGGAGAACGUGGCCGGCCGGCCCCGCCUGGACUCGCUCAGCUCCGUCGAGGAGGAUGACUACGACACCCUGGCUGACAUAGACUAUGACAAGAACGUCAUCCGCACCAAGAAAUACCUGUGUGUGGCCGACCUGGCGCGCAAGGACAAGCGGGUGCUGCGGAAGAAGUACCAGAUCUACUUCUGGAACAUCGCCACCAUCGCUGUCUUCUACGCCCUGCCUGUCAUCCAGCUUGUCAUCACCUACCAGACAGUGGUGAACGUUACUGGCAACCAGGACAUCUGUUACUACAACUUCCUGUGUGCCCACCCGCUGGGGAACCUCAGCGCCUUCAACAACAUCCUCAGCAACCUGGGCUACAUCCUGCUGGGUUUGCUCUUCCUGCUCAUCAUCCUGCAGCGCGAGAUCAACUACAACCGGGCGCUCAUGCGCAACGACACCCACGCCCUGGUUUUGGGGGUCAUGGCUGUGAACUGA